CAAUACCUCUACCUCUCCACAAAUAUCGCCUUUUCUCUGAUUCCCGACCCUUAGAACUCCCGCCGAAUCCGUGACGACAAAAUCCUUUGUCCGGCCAUUUGAGACAAUCUUAACUGGUACGGUGCUGCAUCAAAACCGCACACCCCCUUGACUCAAAUUUCUGUCGGUUCCCUCUACUGCCCGACUCAGUUCGAACAUUUAUCAGUAGAACGACGCAUCGUUGCCAAUUGGCGAAUUCACAAUGGCAUCCAAAUUCUUACGAGAGUACAAGCUGGUUGUAGUUGGCGGAGGAGGUGUAGGCAAAUCUUGCCUAACCAUUCAAUUGAUACAGAGUCAUUUCGUCGACGAAUAUGAUCCUACUAUCGAAGAUUCCUACCGCAAGCAGUGCGUUAUUGAUGACGAAGUCGCCCUACUUGAUGUGCUCGACACAGCCGGCCAGGAGGAAUACUCGGCCAUGAGGGAGCAGUACAUGCGCACCGGUGAAGGAUUCCUUCUAGUCUACUCGAUUACCUCGGAUCAAAGUUUUGAGGAGAUUCGCACUUUCCAACAACAGAUUCUACGAGUUAAAGAUAAGGAUCCUGCAGACUAUUUCCCGAUGGUUGUGGUGGGCAACAAGUGCGAUCUGGAGAGUGAACGCGAGGUCCCCCGACAAGAUGGCGAGGCUCUGGCGAAGCAAUUCGGAUGCCCUUUUGUUGAAACAUCCGCCAAAUCCCGAACAAAUGUCGACAAGGCAUUUUUCGAUCUCGUUCGAGAAAUCCGCAACUACAACCGUAACAUGCAAGGCUUGUCGACGAACAAUGCCGGUAACGGUGGUUUGAAUGGCCCGGGUACUAAGAUGGAAGUGAGCGAGGGCGAAGCCGAAGCUGGUUGCUGCUCUAAGUGCAUAGUCCUAUGAGGUGGUUGAAGACGGUGCGAAAGUAAUCGGUUCAUUGAUUGAGCAACGCAUAUGAGAAGAUGUGGGUGCUUACCUACCUACCUGGACGUGUGUAGGGUGCGUAUGCGUUUGUGUCUAUGCGCAUCCGACAUGAGCACUAUGAACGAUCUUAGCAGAUUCGGGACGUAUAUGUCGAUGUCGGUUCGAUCGAUGCAAAAUUGUUG